GUUAAAGUUUGUCGCGAGAUCUCGGCCUCGACGUUGUGCAUCAUCUCCAUCGCAUAUUCGGCGAUAAUUAUCGCGCUCUGCAGUCCUGUGCAUUGCUGCCUGUCAGCGACAAGUGAAGUCCAGCUCUUACUGCGCAUGGUGAGCAGGACGCUGGGCUUCAGGUAGUGGCGGCCGCGAUGGUGGUCUGCAAGUUCUACCAAGAGGGGAGGUGCAGAUAUGGAGACGGCUGUCGCAAUGAACAUCCUGGAAGGAACUCGUUCCAGCAGCCUCAAUCCAAUCGCUUUGCGCCCCUCUCCAAUCAAGGAGGAAGUGGCGGCUUUGGCUCGCGAGGUCGAUCAGGUAACGUAGAUGACAAUCCAUACCAUCUAGUCACGGACGACAUCAGGAACGACGUCACCUAUGUGCGAGACAAGAAAGAGGGCGAGCGACCAGCAUACCCAUUCGGUGCUUAUGGUCCUGGGAGAGGUGCUCCCAAGCAGCUGAUAGAAGGGCCGCUGGAGCUUAGUCCCGAGGAACUUCGAGUACAGGCGUAUCUCGCGCAAUCAACUGGCACAUUGCCACAAUUUGAAGCGCAAUAUGCGCAGUUGGAGCAAUUGAUGAACAGCAAGGUGCAAAAUAUCCUUGCCAACACCGAAGAUGCAAAGAGAUACGCGGCAGAUGAAUCACAGCCGAAUCGCAACGACAAUGUCAUCAAACCAGCACCGGGAACGUGGCCCUUGAGGAUAGGACAGAACACGAGCGCGCCAUCUGGCGGGUUUGGGACGAACUCGAAUACAGCAUCUGGCGGGUUCGGCGCCGCUUCCCAGCCUUCAGGUGGCUUUGGAGCCCCCUCGAGACCGACUUUUGGAGCGUCUUCUCAGCCUACGUUCGGUGCACCAUCAGCGCCUGCCGGAGGAGGAUUUGGCGCACCAUCAGCGCUAGGAGCAAAACCCUCGCCGUUCAGUGCCAGUACAAGUGCGGCACCCAGCACGGGCUUCGGCGCUCCUUCAGCGCUGGGCUCAAGACCAAGCCCGUUCGGCGCGCAACCAAGUGCGUCAACUGCUGGCGGCUUUGGCGCUCCUUCUACACUCGGAGCAAAGCCGAAUCCGUUUGGUGGCGCUCAGCAACCAACUGCAGGAGGUGGAUUCGGUGCACAACCGGCUUUUGGAUCUACUGGCUUCGGUGCAGCCGCAGCAAGACCUACUCCAAGCCCUUUCGCACCGGCGAACGCGCAAGCAAACAACUCUGCUCCCUUUGGCUCAACAGCGCAACCUACUGGCGGGUUCGGUAGCCAGCCAGCUCCAGCUCAAACAAACAACGCUCCAUUCGGCAGCCAGCCGCCCGCAGCUCAAACAAACAACACGCCUUUUGGCGGCGCUCAGCCAGCUCAGACAUCGGGAGUCGGAUUUGGUGCACCUUCAGCGUUCGGUGCCAAUCGUCCAUCGCCAUUUGCGACCUCAGCAACCCAACAGCAAUCGAAUCUGGUGAGACCCAACCCAUUCGCCGCGAAACCGCCCGCACCAGCCGAACCACCGGGGACUGCGACCUUUGGUGCCAACAAUCUCGCACCCGGCACCCAAACACAGAACUUACCCGCAACAUGGAAAGGCCAUUGCGUCGUCAGAGACCCGAAGAAUGACACUCCAGGCUAUCCAGUCGCUGAUCAGUCAAAGCCAGAUGGCAGAGGUAUCGAGCGAAUUUGGUUCCCGUAUGGUCCUCCUGAGAUUUCAGAAAAGUUGAAUGCCAUGACCCAAGCUCCCGCUCCGGUCUACGAGGAUCCGAGCAUAGGACCGAAGUUGAAAGAGGUGUAUGAGUGGGUUUCGCAGAGUGGAACGUUUGCCAAAGACGGAGCAAUUAUCAUGCCCGAGAUUCCGCCAAAGAGAGAGUGGUGCGCUUUCGAGAUAUGAAAGGCAUAGCGAGAUUGAUUCUCCCGUUCCUCUAAAUUAGUGGCGGCGACACAGUGGGUGGUCUCAGGCUAUCGACAGCCUGCGCGAAUGUAGUAGAGGGUCACAGCGUAAUAUAUCACAGAGAUAUGGCCAGCACCGAGCUGAGCAGGCGACAGCAGACAUGCCAUGGCACAAUAGAGUAAGGCGAACAAUUGAUCGGAAUCUCGACGAGGGUAGCGCAUCAGCACCAGUGAUUAGAUCUCUGUUGAACAGAACAAUAC